AUAAAAGGAGCAGCACAGACUUUGAGAAAGACACUCCUUGCUGCAGAUUUGACCAGUCCUCCCUAACAGCCACCAUGACCUUCAACGGCAACUGGAAAGUUGAUCGCAGUGACAACUAUGAGAAAUUCAUGGAACAAAUGGGCAUUAACAUGGUGAAGAGGAAGCUGGCCGCUCAUGACAACCUCAAGAUAACCAUUGAACAAACUGGAGACAAAUUCAAUGUCAAGGAGAACAGCACUUUCCGCAACCUGGAAAUAGACUUCACCCUGGGGAUCCCCUUUGAGUACAGCCUUGCAGAUGGAACAGAGCUAGCCGGCUCAUGGACUAUGGAGGGAGCCAUGAUGAAGGGUGUUUUCAACAGAAAGGACAACGGAAAGCAGCUGACAACAACUAGAGUUGUGGAGGGAGAUGAACUCAUUCAGAGCUACAACUACGAAGGUGUGGACGCAAAGAGGAUUUUCAAGAAAUGUUAGAAAAAAAUGAGCAGUUGAAUAUGAGAUGUUUGACAUCUGGAUUACAAAAAGUAUUGUUUUGAAGCAUUUUUUUUCUUUUUCAAACGUAACCUGUAAAACAUGCACUACUUGUUAUGCCUACACAGUAUAUAAAAACGUUUUUGAGUUGCAACAGAUUUGUGCACUGGCACUAAUAAAGUUAUAACUGUG